AUGGCAAAUCAAUCUGAACCAGGCAGUGCUAGCAGCACCACCGACGAUCUGAAGUUGUACCGGUGGGCAGCAUGGGCCAUUCCACCGGACAACAUAUGUAAGAGGGUCAAAAAGGUGAUGGAGGCCCUCCGGGAGGAAUUUGGGGGGCCGGAGAUCAAGCCCCAUAUCACCGUCGCGGGGUCCUGUCUCUUCACACGUUCAGAUGCUAUUGAGAGGUUCACCCAUGCAUGCGGAUCUGUAAACCCCAUUGUUUAUCAAGUCGACCAACUGGAGACUAGCAAGUUCUAUUUCCAAUGUGUUUCACUUGUCUUUAAAACAGAAGAUGAGUUUACACGGGAGACUGGAAUCUUCGCUUCGCGUAUGCAUUGCAGUAGUGCUAAUAUGCCACAUUUGAGCUUGAUCUUUGGGGAUUAUACAGAUGAAGAGAAGAAAAGAGCAGAAGAAAUAGUGAAGAGCGUGGAUGAGGAACUUUGUACCAUGAUCUUCACGGUAACUCGGAUGCAACUAUACAAAAUUAACUUCGAAGAUAAAACUCAAAAAUCUUGGGAGCUGUUUUAUGAAUCCACUCUUCGUCACCAGAUCAACAAUUAA